GCGCAGUAAGAAAAAAUUGGUCAAAUGGUGAAAAUUAACAGUCGAUUCGAAGAACACGUAUAGGUGUUUGUUCUAAUUUUCUUCUGAAACGAAAACAUUCCAUAACACCAUCAUCAGUCAUCAUUUGUUCAAUCAUCAUUGUUGAAGUUCACAACGACAAGUAUAUUCAGUCACUGUGUAGUUAGUUUUUCUGUUGCUGCUGCUGCCAUGAUGUCAUUAGAGUGAAUUUCAUAGCGACAUCAAAUAAAAAAAAUUAAUUUCUCGGUUGCAUUAAAUUCAAUUUUUAACUUUUCGGUAAACCAAAUAUUCACCAUGGAAUCGACCAAUGUGAAUGAAUUGCGAGCUGAAAUUGACCGAUUGUCGCGUGAAUUGGAUCAAGCCAGCAGUGAAAAAAUUCAAUCGGCAAAAUAUGGUCUUGGUUUGUUGGAAGAAAAAUGCAUGUUACAACAAAGAUGCGAAGAACUAGAAACUCUGUACGAAAAUUCAAAGCAUGAUUUGGAAAUAACACAAGAGGCUUUGGCUAAGUUUGAAACAACGCAAAAAGUGACGAAUAAAAGUGGUAUCGAGCAGGAAGAUGCUCUUCUUAAUGAAUCAGCGGCGAAGGAGACCUCGUUAAAUCUCCAUAUCAUGGACCUGGAAAAUGAAAUUAAACAACUUCGACAUGAAUUAGAUCGUGUGCGAAAUGAACGAGAUAGAAUGCUUCAGGAAAACAGUGAUAUAGGCCGUGAUAAAUCUGAUGCUGAUGCUGAAAAACUCCGGCUGAAGAUGGAACUUAAAGAUUUAAAGUAUCGAGAGACGCGAAUGAUGGCCGACUAUUCAGAACUAGAAGAGGAAAAUAUUACACUACAAAAACAAGUGUCUAGCUUACGUAGUUCACAAGUUGAAUUCGAAGGCGCAAAACAUGAGAUUCGUCGUUUGACCGAAGAUUUGGAUUUGCUCAAUUCACAAGUUGAAGAAUUGACCAAAUUAAAACAAAUUGCUGAAAAACAAAUGGAAGAGGCUUUAGAAGCACUACAGGGUGAACGUGAAGCAAAAUAUGCACUGAAAAAGGAGCUUGAUGCACAUAUCAAUCGAGAAUCAAUGUACACAAUCAGUAAUUUAGCAUACACGAUACGAGGUGGCAUGGAUGAUAGUAAUAUCAAUAGUGACGAUUGUGCUGAGGAAGAUAAUUCAGCGCUUAAACGAUUAGAGGCUGAUUUAACAACUGAAAUCAAAUCACCGGAUGGCACAAAAGUUGAUUUAUUCUCUGAAAUCCAUUUGAAUGAGCUAAAGAAAUUGGAGAAACAGCUCGAAUCGAUGGAAACAGAAAAGUCGCAUUUGACAACAAAUUUACGAGAUGCACAACAAAAUUUGGAUAAGAGCCAAAAUGAUUUACAAAACUUUAUGGCCCGUUUAUCACUAUUGGCUGCGCACGUUGAUGCACUACAAUUGCUCAAAAAACAGGUUGAAAACGAUGAACAACAAAUUGAAAUUUCAAAAGAAAAAGACAAGCUGAUAUUCAUCAUUAAUCAAUAUGCGAAUUGGUUCCAAUUGAGUUCAAAAGAAAUCGAUGGCUUAAAAUCAGAUUUGGCUGAGCUACAAAAAGGUUUGAAUUAUUCUGACGCAAUGGUUACCCUACGCGAUGAAAUCACCAAUUUAAAAAAUAAACUUCUCUCCACGGAACAACGUUCGCUUGAUUUGCAUAGCGAUGUUAAGACUCUUGCAAAAAUUUCACAAAAUGCAGGUCAAAAUUUAGGAUCAGCACGAUCUGUGCUAGUUGGUUUGACAGAAGACUUGGCACAAUUAUAUCAUUUGGUUUGCACAGUAAAUGGUGAAACACCAUCUCGUGUUAUUUUGGACCAUAAGAAUGAAGAGUUUAGCUAUGAAAAUGACUCACUUUCGGCAAUCCAAUCACAAUUUAAAUCCGACGUUUUAAUUCAAAAAACACAUGACUUACAGGCUUUAGCUGAUUCGGUAGAAAUUAAAAAAUAUGUUGACAUUGUUAGCGAUCAACUGAAACACUUGAGAACAGCCGUUGAACAUACGAUCGAAAACAAUAAGAACGGUUCGCGAGCCAAUUUGUCACCAAUCGACCAAGAUACGCGAGAAGAAAUCAACGAACUGCAAGAACAGGUCGUAAAACUGAAAAGUCUUUUGUCGACGAAACGCGAACAAAUCAGCACAUUGCGUACGGUAUUGAAAUCAAACAAAAAUACUGCCGAAGUGGCAUUGACCAAUUUGAAAUCAAAGUAUGAAAAUGAAAAACUUGUUGUCAGCGACACCAUGUCGAAAUUACGCAAUGAAUUGCGCAUUCUAAAGGAAGAUGCUGCAACAUUCUCCAGCUUACGUGCAAUGUUUGCUGCUCGAUGUGAAGAGUAUGUUGCGCAGGUCGAUGAUCUGACACGGCAAUUGGAAGCAGCUGAAGAAGAGAAAAAGACUUUGAAUCAAUUGUUACGAUUAGCCGUCCAGCAAAAACUAACGGUCACGCAACGUCUUGAAGAGAUAGAAAUGGAUCGAGAAAUGCGUCAUGCAAGACGAUCAAUUCCCCAACAACGCGGUGGUGGUAAAUCCAGUUUUGGCAGAACAUCAACACGAAACAACAGCAACAAUACGACAUUUUUUUAACAACAGUUAAACGUACAGCGUAAAUUAUUAACAUUAGUUUAAACAUUAAUCAAUUUGUAAGUAUCCAUACGUAUUCCAUUGUUGAAUCCCGCAUUACAUACACGACCAAAAAAACAUAAGCAUUUGAUCAAUUGUAAUAUUUUUUGAAACAAAGGUUAUUGUCUAUGGAUGAACUAAAUGCAUAAAAGAAAUCAUAUGUACCAAAAAGCUGUACGUAUUAGGUUGUAGAAGUGAUGAUGAACUAUAAAAAUGAUUUGAAAUGCUGUGUUUUUUUUUUCGUUUUGAAAAAAGAACCGAUUCUUAUUGAUGAAAAAAUGUUUAAAAACAAAUACCCGACCCGUAUGGUCACGUAUUAAUCUAUACAAUGGAAUAUAAAUAAUGUGAAACUAGUCUCUAAGAUCGAUUGUACUUAAACUGACCUGUUUGGUGUAUUGCUCUAUAAGUGAAAUUGAAAUUUUUACGAAACUAAAUCACUUCAUAAAUAGUAAAAGUAAGGUACAAAUUUUGUAUCAAAUGAAUAACAACAGCAACAAGAACUACAAACAUUUUACAGGAUUUAUCCAAAAAUAAGAAAAAAAUAACACUCAAUAAGAAAUAUACUACUGACAGAGAUAAUCAAGUCAUAUGAAUAUUAUUUUAAUAUCUGAUAGACAAGGAAAAAAAGAAAUAAUAAACCACUUCACACAAAACUAUGGUGCAUAAAAUCGAUUAAUUCUAAAUGCAAUGCCCAGAGGCAUACACAUUAAAACGCUACGUGUACGCGACACAUAUUUGCACAAUUACAAAUGAAAAAGGAACGUCUUAUCAAAUAUCAAAGGGCCAUCCAAAAACAUUUAUCUAUUUUACUUCCUCAACGAUUUUUUUUUCCUUUUAAAGUAAAUUACUGUAUGUUUGCAUGCCAAUGAAGAAAGGUGUUUUCAUGAAAAAAAAUAUUUAACAAAGAAAAAAUACAAUUUAAAUUGAAUAAACCGUUAACUGAAAAUUUCAUGUUAUUACAUGGAAUUUUUGCAUCGUUCGUUUUUUCAUUUCUUGUUUUUGGUGAUUUCCGUAAUCAUUAUUCCACCCGUCCUAUAGGAAUAUAAUAUAAUGUAAUACAAAUUCACCCAUUACCAGGCACAAAUUCACGGUAAAAUUUGGACCCGAAUUUGUGUGUAGUUUAAGUUAUUUUUAUUAAGGUGUGAAUACAUGGAAAAGAGAAACGAUAAUCAUUAGUAUCAAUUGAAUUGUAUAUGAAA